AUGAGGGCUGCUCUGUUUUUACCCUUGUUGCUCCCACCUCUCCUGUGCGUGGUGGUACCAGUGAAGGCCUCAGGGCCGGACCCCCAGGUUCAAGAGAUGUGGGCCCAGGAGGGGGCAGCUGUCCAGCUUCCCUGCCGCUUCAGCACCCAGGACCUCAGCCUUCUGCGCAUCCGAGAGGUGAACUGGCAGCACCUCCCAGACAGGGCAGGCUGCAGCUACUGGUCCGAGAUCUCCCCUUCUUCCCUUGGGCCUCGGGGGGCCUCCCCCAACAGCAGCCCCCCAGCGUCUGGCCUGGACCCCGAAGCGGCAGCCUCCCCUGGGGGCUCCGGGCCUCGGGGUUACACUGUGCUGAGGCUGAACCCCGGGGGUCUGCGCAGCGGGAAGCAACCGCUGCAGCCCCGUGUGCAGCUGCUGGAGCGAGGCCUGCAGCAAGGAGACUUCUCGCUGUGGCUGCUGCCGGCUCGGCGCGAGGAUGCCGGCGAGUACCGGGCCUCCGUGAGCCUCCGUGACCGUGAUCGAGACCGGCACCGCGCCCUGGCCUGCCGCCUCCGGCUGCGCGUGGGCCAGGCCUCCCUGACCAUCGCCAGUCCCUCUCCAGCUCUAAGGAUCUCUGACUGGGUCGUUUUGAACUGCUCCUUCAGUCGCCCUGACCAUCCAGCCUCGGUGCACUGGUUCCGAGGUGCAGACAGAGUUCCCAUUCAAGUGUCCCCGAACCUCUACUUUGCUGGAAGCUUCCUCUUCCUGCCCCAGAUCAGCCUGUCUGACUCUGGCCCCUGGGGCUGCACCCUGGCCUACAGAGACGGCUUCAAUGUGUCCAUCACCGACAGCUUCACCGUUCUGGGUCUGGCACCUGCAGUCCCCCUAACCGUGUAUGCAGCUGCAGGUACCAGGGCAGAGCUUCCCUGCCAUCUGCCUCCUGGAAUGAAGACCCAGUCUCCCCUCACUGCCCAAUGGGCCCAGCCUGGGGGAGGACCCGACCUCCUGGUGGCCGGAAACAACAGUGACUUCACCCUUCGACUAGAUACCGUGAGCCGGGCCCAGGCUGGGCCCUAUACGUGCCAUGUCCAUCUGCAGGGCCAGCAACUUACUGCCACGGUCACUUUGGCCGUCAUCACAGUGACUCCCAAGUCCUCCGGUGGACCUGGGAGCUUGAGCAAGCUUCUCUGUGAAGUGAAUCCGGCCACUGGACAGGAGCGUUUUGUUUGGAGUCCGCUGGACACGCAGUCUGAGGGCAGCUCUCCAGGACCCUGGCUGGAGACCCGGCUGCCUUCCCAGCCCUGGCAGUGCCAGUUGUACCAAGGGGACAAGCUUCUUGGAACUUCGCUCUUCCUCACCGACCUCUCUGGCCCAGGUCUGACACCCCCAGUGGGAGUCCCUGGCGCCCCCAAAGCUGCCCAUCUUUCCCUCUCUCUCAUCCUGGGUAGCCUCUUUCUUUUCCUUUUGGGAAUUGGAGCCUCUAGCUUUCAUCUCUGGAGAAGACAGUGGAGACCUAGAAGAUUCUCUGCCUUGGAGCAGGGGGGUCACCCACCUGAGCCUCAGAGCAAGAGUGAAGAGCUGGAGCAGGAAGAACCACAGCCAGAGCGGGGGCCGGAGGCCGAGUUAGAGCUGGAACCGGAGCUAGAGCUGGAGCCUGAGUUGGUGUCUGAGUUGGAGCCAGACUUGAUGCCUGAGCUGGAGCCUGAGCUAGAGAUGAAAUAGUCUGGAGC